AUGCUUAGGCGCUAUGCGAGAAAGACUUCGUGUAUUUUGAAGUCCCCUCUCCCUCGUCCUAGUCUUCCUGUUCCGGCAAACGAGAAGCUGCUUGCUUGGGUUGGUGACGAGAUUGUACCCCGUGAGAGUGCUAAGGUUUCAGUGUUUGACUCGGUUGUCCAAGGUGGAGAUUCAGUUUGGGAGGGACUUCGAAUUUACAAUGGAAAGAUAUUUAAGCUUGAGGAGCAUUUAGAUAGGUUGUUUGACUCGGCAAAAGCUCUUGCUUUCAAUAAUGUUCCAACCCGUGAUGAGGUGAAGGAAGCCAUUUUCAAGACUCUUAUACGGAAUGCAAUGUUUGAUAAUGCACAUAUCCGACUAAGUUUAACUCGUGGCAAGAAGGUUUCUUCUGGAAUGAGCCCAGCAUUCAAUCUUUAUGGAUGCACCUUAAUUGUGCUUGCUGAAUGGAAACCGCCAGUCUAUGACAAUACAAGGGGUAUUACUCUGGUGACUGCCACUACACGCCGUAAUUCCCCUAAUAAUUUGGACUCAAAGAUUCAUCACAACAAUCUUCUUAACAACAUACUCGCAAAGAUUGAAGGGAACAAUGCAAAGGCUGACGAUGCCAUCAUGCUUGACAAAGAUGGUUACGUGGCAGAAACAAAUGCUACAAACAUUUUUUUAGUGAAGAAAGGCCGUGUUAUGACGCCCCAUGCUGAUUACUGUCUUCCAGGCAUAACUCGGGCAACAGUAAGUUUUAGGAAAUUCCCUUUAUAG